AACAGCCGUUAGGAGUCAUAUUAAGCGAAUUUAACGUUAAAUUAUGGUAUCGAAACCUCUGAAAAUGUUGCCUUUUCUAAUAUAAAUCAAUUCUCGUUUAGCUUCAACAUUCCGCGUCUUUAUUCGUGAAGUCCGUAAGGCGGACGAUGCUACCCGGUUAGCCCGGGGAUGUCGCUAGCUGGCUAAGGAAGUUAGCCUGUUAGCUAACACCGCGUCAGCUCACCGGAGGCUGAUUUUCUUGUUUCGCGCAUUUCAAGCCUGUUUACCGACCUCUAUAACUCUUACACCAGCAUCAAAUGCGGAAACAUCAUUUUUUAUAUUCAGUAGUGUAACAAAUUAAGGGCGUUUAUCUCUAUAAGUCGAUGUUAAAAUGGAGUGAUAGCGGUGUUUCGGCUCCACGGCUGGUUUUCUCCAAACGCUGCCCUUUUGUUUUGACAAAGGAAGAAGACUUCAGAUUUUUUCUUGUUACACACAUUUUUUCGUACAUAUCUAGAGGUGGGAUAGUUUAAUUUUGCCAUAUCAGGGCAAUGGCUCCACAGAAGCAGAGCCUCCCGGCGGGUUUUGGUUCUGGGGGGAAAGCCAACGGGUCGUACCAGUCCUCCUCGUCCUCCUCUGCGAUGGCUGCAGCAAAGAAGCCCAACAUGCAACUCAUUCAAGCCGACCACGAGUUGUUCCUGCAGGCCUUUGAGAAGCCAACCCAAAUCUACAGGUUCCUUCGCACCAGGAACUUAAUCGCUCCCAUAUUCUUGCACAGAACACUCACCUACAUGUCUCACAGAAACUCAAGGAAUAACACCAAAAGGAAAAGCUUCAAGGUCGACAAUCUGUUGUUCAAAGUGGAGAAGAUGAGAGGAGAACAGGAGACUCACAGCUUAGCCUCCAACCUGCAGCUCACCUUUACCGGCUUCUUCCACAAAGCGGGGAAGCCGUCUCAGGACUGUGAGAACGAGCAGAACUCUGUUUCUCUGGAGGUGCUGCUAGUCAAAGUCUGUCACAAGAAGAGGAAGGACGUGAGCUGUCCGGUGAAGCAGGUCCCCACAGGGAAGAAGCAGGUUCCUCUGAAUCCAGACACCAGAGCUGGAUCGCAGGCCAAGCCGGGCUCCUUACCCUCCCUGCUGAUUCCUAGCAGCGAGUUUGAACCCAGCAACUCCCACAUGGUGAAGUCUUACUCCGUGCUCUUCAGGGUGUCGAGGCCCGGAUGCUCCUGGACGCAGAUGAACGGCCUGACCAACGGAGAGAAUCACCACAGCAGAGAUUUUACAGAGGAAGUGAUCAACAGGAAAAGGAGGAGCUCUUCUCUCAGGGACGAGGGAGAAACCACGUUUGUGGCUCAGAUGACAGUCUUUGAUAAAAACAGACGUCUGCAGUUGCUGGAUGGGGAGUACGAGGUUUCUAUGCAAGAGAUGGAGGAGUGUCCCAUCAGCAAGAAGAGGGCGACCUGGGAGACUAUCCUGGACGGAAAGCGUUUGCCUCCGUUUGAGAGUUUCUCUCAGGGUCCGACCCUUCAGUUCACGCUGCGCUGGACCACCAACUCCUCCGAUCGCUCCACGGCUCCUGUGGCUAAACCACUCGCCACCCGCAACUCCGAGACCAACCAGGACAGCAGAACGAGCACCCUGAGAGCCACGCACACAAACACUCUUAAAGAAUCCAUAAAUCCUGACGUGCAAACGAGGAGAGAACAAAUCUCAGCGGAGCCUCGACAGAAGCUACGCAUCUUCUACCAGUUCCAGUACAACCACAACACACGGCAGCAGACGGAGGCCAGAGACGACCUCCACUGUCCGUGGUGCACGCUGAACUGCAGGAAGCUUUACAGUCUGCUCAAACACCUCAAACUGUCUCACUCCCGCUUCAUCUUCAACUACGUGCCUCAUCCCAAAGGAGCAAAGAUCGAGGUCUCUAUCAACGACUGUUACGACGGUUCGUACGCUGGAAACCCUCAGGACAUCCACAACCAGCCGGGCUUCGCCUUCAGCAGGAACGGCCCAGUGAAGAGGACGUCGGUCACGCAUGUUCUCACCUGCCGACCGAAGAGAACAAAGCCCAGUCUGUCUGAGUUUUUGGAGUCGGAGGACGGCGAUCGGGAGCAGCAGAGGACAUACAUAAGUGGGCACAACCGCCUCUACUUCCACAGCGACAGCUGCACGCCGCUGCGACCUCAGGAGAUGGAGGUGGACAGCGAGGACGAGAGAGACCCCGACUGGCUCAAAGAGAAGACAGCAAAGCAAAUCGAGGAGUUCACAGAUGUCAACGAGGGAGAGAAGGAGAUCAUGAAGCUGUGGAACCUCCACGUCAUGAAGCACGGCUUCAUCGCCGAUAACCAGAUGAACGAGGCCUGUCUGAUGUUCGCCGACCAUCACGGCGACCACAUUGUCAAAAACAACCUCUGCAGGAACUUCCUGCUUCACCUGAUCAGCAUGCACGACUUCAACCUGAUCAGCACGCUCACCAUCGACCGCGCCAUGAACAGACUCCGCCUCCUCCGCAGCCAAAGAGACACCGACAGAGACCAGGACGAGGAAGAAGAGGAGGACUGGGAGACCGCCGUGGAGUCUCAGCCAGAGCCCGAUCCGGACCCAGAUCUGGAUCCGGUGGAGUACAGAUCCUGCAGCGAUGAGACGAACAACGGCUGCCUGGAGAAUGGACACCAGCAGGAGGACGAGGAGGGAGGAGCUGAGACUGACGGGCUGACCAGAGAGCAGAAACUCUGAGUCCGGUCAGAGUCGGACUAGAUGCUCAGUGAGAAACCCACAAAGAUCUCUGAGCAGGACUAAAGAUCCUGAAGACCGAGUCAGAAAGAGGCUAUAAACACCACAAACUUCACUGCAGGGAUUCUAGAAGGGCACAAGACAAAGAUUUCAAACGUUCACAUUCAAGAGAAGCUUCAACAUUUAUCAACGUUCAGAUAAGAAAAGAGAAGCUGUUUUCUUCUGUUAUUCUCUACAUCGGUCAUGAGAGGUGCUACGUCCUUUUCCCUUCACAUCUGUCUAAGGAGAGUUUUGAAUAAAAACAGAUCCUGGAGUCUGAAGGUCAGAAAUGUAGGAAAUGCUGCUGCAGAUUGUUUCUUUGGUGCUAAAAUCACUCGAACGUUUACAUGCUGCUAAAAAUGAUGAAUUAAGGUGCUAGUCCCUAAAACUGGACUUCAGAAUCCACCUAAACAUUUAAGUCCGACUAAGACUGGACUUCAGGAUCCACGUAAAAAUGUAAGUCCGACUAAAACUGGACUUCAGAAUCCACGUAAACAUGUAAGUCCGACUAGAACUGGACUUCAGGAUCCACGUAAACAUGUAAGUCCCAUUAAAACUGGACUUCAGAAUCCAUCUAAACAUUUAAGUCCGACUAAGACUGGACUUCAGGAUCCACGUAAACAUGUAAGUCGGACUAAGACUGGACUUCAGGAUCCACGUAAACAUGUAAGCCUGACUAAAACUGGACUUCAGAAUCCAUCUAAACAUGUAAGUCCGACUAAGACUGGACUUCAGGAUCCACGUAAACAUGUAAGUCCGACUAAGACUAGACUUCAGGAUCCACGUAAAUAUGUAAGUCCCAUUAAAACUGGACUUCAGAAUCCAUCUAAACAUUUAAGUCAGACUAAGACUGUACUUCAGAAUCCAUGUAAACAUAUAAGUCCGACUAGGCCUGGACUUCAGAAUCCUCGUAAACAUGCAAGUCCGUCUAAGACUGGACUUGAGAAUCCACAUAAACAUGUAAGUCUUACUAAAACUGGACUUCAGAAUCCACGUAAACAUGUAAGUCCGACUAAAACUGGACUUCAGAAUCCAGGUAAACAUGUAAGUCUGACUAAGCCUGGAUUUCAGAAACUAUGUUAACAUUUAAGUCCGACUCAGACUGGACUUCAGCUGCCUCUGCUAAAAAAGCCAGUUAUGGACACAGGCUCUUUCUCUUGUGAUGCAUGAUGGUAAAUAUUGCGGGGCAAAUGACCAUGGGUCGUUCACUACUUUGCACAAUGCAUUGUGGGAUACAAUGAGUGCAGAAUAACAGAUAAAACAAAGCUCACUCAGGAGUAGGGCACCAGUAUAAAAUGGUGUUUUCACUUUAUUUUACUGAUAUCAGACUCAGACUGUUACGGUACUGCCCCAGUGAAUCCGUCCAUCCACCCACCUCUGUUAGCUUCUUUGUUUUUAAAGGAGCAGUGCGUAAUAUUUAGCCUUGCAGCAUUCAGCAGAACAAUCUUGGUAAAAAUGAAACAUUAUAUUUAUAUUCACGCCCAUCUACAAAAAAUUUUUCUCACCUGGACAUGCACAAUUGUUUUAUUUUGUCAAAGCCUUUUAUUCCUACAUAGGGAGGGUCCCCUCCAUGGACUUGUUCCUUUAGAAGUGGGCAGUGUGAUGUUAGAUGUUGCUAAUAUUCCCAGUUUUACAGACUACGCCUUUAAAUUGAGGUGCCUUUCAAUAAAAGCAGAACUCUAUCAGGUAAAGGUACUAAACAGUGAACUAACAUUUCAUGUUCAUGGCUGAGUUUCACAUAUGGAGAGAGAAGCUGUCUUAAAGUGCCGGUUUGCACUUCAGGCUGAAGCCAGCUACAUGCAAAGCAUUCUGGGAACCUGAUGCAGCUCGAGGCCAGACAGCGUUGCCACUUAAAAACAAAUGUUCUCCAUCAGUCUGUGGAGUUUAUCCCUGAGAAUGAAACUUUGGUUUGCUGUUCGGUACGUACACCUAAAGGAGACUCCUCAAUUCAGAAAGCAAAGUAGGCGACAGAAGUGGGCGGAGCAUGACGCUCCAUCAGCUCGCCAGAUAGACCGAUCCAGUGGGGUCAUACCGUCAGGAUGAAGCGAUCUGCUGCAGCUAUUCCAGAACUUUCUGUCCUUACUCCAAUAUUAAGAGCUGAUCUUUUUCUUUCUCUUCCUCCAAUCAGCCAAACUCUGAUCCACCAAAGGCGUCCUUUACUCCACAGUUUGUUUCCACGAUAUUCAGCCACACGGUUAAGGGUCCUCGGUGUCUAAGAGGGUCUGAUCUUUCCUUUAGGACUCUGAUGGAGUAUCAUCAUGCUCUUUAUGUCCAUCUGAUCAAGAUCUAGUUUAUAUAAGGUUGUUAAAUGUUCAAUAAUUUCAAUACCAUAAGUUUAAAAUGAUGCAUUAUAUUAAUGGUUGGCAGUGCUGAAAGUACCACAGCUGUUUUAUUAGAUAAGUUUGUUGUAGAGGAAGGAAUCCUUUAAAUAUUGGGUGCAGUAUUCCUUCACAAACCCUUGAUUUACUGAAACGCUGGAAAGUAUUGGGACCGUUGACACCAACGAUCAAAGGUGGGCCACAUGUUAAACAUAACCUUGCAAAGCAGAUGGAUUCGCCUAUUUCCAUGUUUCUCACUGGCGAAUCCAUCUUGCAAAGCUCAUGUCUGAACCGUUUGGGCCCGGUUAGAAAGUGACAGGACCGAUCGGUGACGAGUGGCACAAGUUUCAGGUGCAGCAGAGUCGUGACGUGAGCAAGCAGCAACAAGAGGCUGGUGCAAUUAUGGUGGCAGAGCCUAGCAUGGAUGCUGCUAAAGCGCCAGUUUUAUCAGAA